CACACCCCUACAAACCACCCCUUCCCCUCACCCCUACAACCCAUGCACGCACGUGCGUGCACAUACAGGUGGAAAACAGCAGCAAGCAGAGUGUGUACAAGUUCCUCAAGGUCCUGGAAGGCUUACGGCGCUGGGAGCUGUGCAGCCCGGAUGUGAGCGCAGCCGUGGAGUUCUGCCGCGCACGCGUGGUGGAGAUGGCCGUGGAAGAGUAUGAGGAGUGGAUCGCCCAGGCUUUCCCUGCGGUGGUCAGGCCCAAGACCGCCCCGGCCGGACUGGCAAGAGGUCAAGGUCAACAUCAGCAGCAGCAGCAGGGUGUAGCGUCAGAGGAUGCUGAUGCGGAAGCUUCAGGGGCUGAGGGAAGAGGAGGAGCUGGAGGUGGUGGUGUAGAGGGUAGGAUGGGUGGCGUGCGCUCCAGUGCGGCGGUUCGAGGCUCGGUCAAGAGCGCUGUGUCUGUGGCUAAUGGAGCAGACGGAAAGAGGAGGAUGGUUCAGUCGGCUGUCGCAAAAGGGCGGAGGUGAGGGAUGAUACAGUUGGUGAAAGGUUGGAGGUCAGGGGGUAAUGCAGUUGGUGAAAGGGCGGAGGUGAGGGGGGUGAUACAGUUGGUGAAAGAGCAGAGGUGAGGGACGAUACAGGCAGCUGUUUCCAAAAUGACAGGAGUGAUACAGUUGUCUGUUGCGACAGGGCAGAAGUGAGGGGGGUGAUGCAUUGUGCUGUUGCAAAAGGGUAGAGGUGAAAAGGUUUUUUGAGCCGAAGGGCAGGGAUAAUUGAUGGUAUUGCAUAAAGUUUUGAUUGUAUUGGAUUGAAGUAUUGGACAUGAGUGUGUGAAGGUGCUAGGUAAACAGGAUUAGGAUUGGGACUUAUGAAGUGGAAGGUAGUGGAAAGUAGUAGCAGAGAAUGCAUAAUAGGAAAACUGUUUAUUUUAGUAAAAGUGUUACGGCACUUAUAAUACAAUUAGGUCAUAUA